GCCGAGACAGCCCACAGUCGAUCCUCUCGUUAGCGGACAGUGAAGGUUACCUGCUUCAACAGUGCUUGAACGGCAACCUCUCAACUGUCUUCAAACAACCCCGAACGGGAUUCAUCUCUUUGAUCACUCAUCCUAUCAUCGAUCACAACAAAUCAAAUUAUAAUCACCUCGAAACUUCUGCUUGCCAGUUUAUCCUAAACACGUUUAGCUUUGCUAGCUAGAUACCUGUUUUGCUAACGGUGCGAGCCACUCCGACAGCUUUCCGUCCUCCUGACAAGAAGACCCGCCGCGUCUGAACCAUGAGUUCCCAAGUGAGACAGAACUUCCACCAGGACUGCGAGGCUGCAAUCAACAGGCAGAUCAACCUGGAGCUGUACGCCUCCUACGUCUACCUGUCUAUGGCAUACUACUUCGACCGGGAUGACCAGGCAUUGAACAACUUUGCCAAGUUCUUCCGUAAUCAGUCACAUGAGGAGCGGGAGCAUGCCGAGAAGCUAAUGAAAAUGCAGAACCAGAGGGGGGGGAGGAUUUUCCUACAAGAUGUCAGGAAGCCAGAGAGGGAUGAGUGGGGCAGUGGUAUUGAGGCCCUGGAAUGUGCCCUGCAACUUGAGAAAAGUGUGAAUCAGUCCCUGCUGGACCUGCACAAGCUCUGCUCGGAUCACAAUGACCCACAUAUGUGCGAUUUCAUCGAGACACACUUCCUGGACGAGCAAGUCAAAUCCAUCAAAGAAUUGGCAGACUGGGUGACCAACCUGCGCCGCAUGGGUGCGCCUCAGAAUGGAAUGGCAGAGUACCUGUUCGACAAACACACCCUGGGCAAAGACAGCAGCUAAAUUCCCUCCAGAUCACAUUCACAAAAGCUUUCCAUAUAUGUAUAUUUGUAUCUUGCUUCCCAAAAUAUGAAGCCAUCUGCAUGAUAGUGGCUAGUCAUUUAAACCGCUUAUAUUAUUCAUGUCAUUAUUGCCGUCCCUCUACAUUACACUAACACAUAACCCCCUGUUUCCAGAGCUGUGGGCAACUACAUUCAUAGCCCACUGUUGCAUCUUGCACUUCCCUCUGCUGUCUCUGCCUGCGUCAUUACUAUGUAUUUGCUGUGUUUUAUGCCAAGACCUGUUUAAAGCAAAUAAAACGAACCCUCUGGAUUCUGA